AUUUUGCAAGAAGGGGUGGUCGCGCGGGUCAUCUGUCAGGUGCGUAGGUUGACAAGUUCACAGCAGUUGUGCUGUUCGAAUCAAACUGAUUUGAGCGCUUGUACAGUAGCUAUUAUAAGAAAGCGAGUAGGCUACUUUGGAUUACAAUAUGGAAGGUUACAAAUACCCCGUUUUCUUCGAGGUUCCCAGUCUGGAUCCAGCACAGAAAGAGAAGUUAGAAUUGUUCUUUCAGGUUCGCCGUAAAUCUGGUGGUGGAGACUGCGGACCGAUAGACAAUGUUGGUGACAACGUUUACAAGAUCGCAUUUAUUGACCGGACAGUCCAGGAGAGGGUACUUCAGAAACCUAAUCAUGUGUUGGAGAUGCCUGGAGGACCUCUCACCCUCACUCUGAGAGACAGCCAGGAGCCUCCACCCACAACAACCUCCCCAGUCAGCAGUCAGGAGAGUCACCAGUCCCUCCCAUUCCAUCCCUCCCUCCCUGUCCAGACAUCCCCACCUGGUUUCCUAGAGCAUGAACUCCAUCUAGACUCCUACCUCCUGAGAUACCUGAAGGAGAGCCCUGGGGCUGGAAGAGACCUGCAGCAGCAGCUGUCCUCUCUGGGCUGCUCUGUCCACCUCCAUCCAGAGGACGGGAGGGCAGUGGUCAGAGGCUCAGGCCAAGCUGGGUCAUGUGGAGAUGGGGUUGGGGUGGGACCAUGGAAGGUACAGGUCGAGAGACUGUUCAAACAGCUCCAGGAGCAGUACAAAUGCCACUAUGAGGUAGACCCACGUAAGCUCCAGACUCUGCUGCAGAGCAGUACCCUGGGUUCAGAGGAUGUGAGGGUUUACUGCGAGGCAGGGGAAGGGUUUGCGGUGGUGGUUGGGGAGGGGCCCGAGGUCCAGGCCAAGCUGAAGGAGCUGGCGGCCUUCCAGGGUCAGGGUCUGAGCUCCUGGAAGCAGGAGAAGAUCAGCACCACCUGUCAACUUGGACAGUCUAAGCUCCGUCUUCUAGGUGAAGUGAUAGAGAAGGAUAUAGUUGAGGUUGUUCCAGGGGUGAAGGUGACACGCGGUGACUCUGGCCAGCUGGAGCUGAUGGGUUCAGCAAGUGAUGUCCGGACAGCCAGACAGUUAGUUACAGAUAAAAUAUCUCUGGUGCUGGAGCGGGUGGUGCCUGAGGUGUCCCCCCACCUCCUGUCCUUCCUGAGGGAUGAGUAUGGGAGGCCUGGGAACCUGAGCAGUCUGCUGGGGUUGGGACUCCAUGUGGAGGUAGAGUUGGGGGAUACAGAGCUCCGUCUGUUCUCCCUCUCCUCUGGGAAACUGGACCAAGCUGAGAAGGAUCUGCUGGGGGAGUUUGGGGAGGAGAAGAUUGAUGUGCCCAACGGUGCUUUCCAGGCUGAACUGAAGUCCAAACUUGAGACAAAGGUGAAGGGGAUGAACCAAAGUAGACGCAGGGUGGUGGCCAGGUAUGGUCCUGGGUGUAGAGUACAGCUGCUGGGUCACAUGAAGCAGGUUCAGGAGCUGAGGGAGGAGAUUGGGGCCUUUCUGAAAGACCAGUCCAGUGUAAGAGUUGUGGGACGUCGUCAACAGAACCAUAGUGGCAUAGACGGUGAAGAAGGCGCCGGACCAAGACCUAACGAGACGAUCGCAGCCACCAGCUAUCACCUCCAGGGUGGGCUGCAGGUAGUUGUUUUUCAGGGUGACAUCACCAAGGAACGGGCAGACGCACUGGUGAACGCAGCCAAUGAGUAUCUGGAUCACGCUGGGGGCGUGGCUGCAGCUCUGAGCCGGGCGGGGGGGCAUGAAGUACAGCAAGCCAGCAGGGAUCUGGUUAGGCAGAUAGGGAGAGUACCCACAGGUACCGUGGUAGAGACUACAGGAGGGUGGCUGCCUUGUAAGAUGCUGCUGCAUGCAGUGGGACCAGUAGGGGGCAGAGUAGGUGGGAAUGAGCGCCCUCUGCUGGAGAAGACAGUAAAGGCAGUCCUGGAUCUGGCAGAGAACCUGGAGCUCCAGACCCUGGCCAUGCCCUGCAUCAGCUCAGGGUUAUUUGGCGUUCCUCUGAAGGUGUGUUCUGAGGCCAUAGUCUCUGCAGUGAGGGACUUUGGGAGGGAACAGCACAUCCUUACCAAGGUCACUCUGAUUGAUUUGAGUGGAGAGGCAGUGAGAGCCAUGCAGGAGGCCUGUGAUAGGCUGUUACAGGGGAAGAGGGAGAUUCCUGAGUGGGAGAGAAUGUCGAGCACCACCACUACCACUACACAUGCUCCUCAGAGAGACACCACUGCUGCCUCCACCAGGGGACCAGUGGCUCCAGAGGUCUGUGUCCAGGUGGAGAUCAUCCAGGGAACCAUAGAGAAACAGGAGGUGGAUGCUCUGGUGUCCCCCAUGGUUGGUAGUGACCCUCUAUCCUCCCGAGUGGGUAAUGUCUUGUCUGAGGCAGCUGGACCGGUGCUGAUGACAGCAUUUCUGAGGGAAUCAGCGGGACGGACUGCACCUGGUGACAACGUCCUGGUGGAGGGACUGUCUGGUCUCAGCUCUGGCCGUGUCUUCUUCCUCAGCUGUGCACACUGGGACAACAAUCCCCAAGGACCAGCUGUACAGGCUCUGAUGCAGGGUGUGAGGAAAAUCCUGACUGCUUGUGAGAUCCGGGGCUUCCGUUCCAUUGCGUUCCCUGUAGUUGGAACUGGUGAGGUUCUCCAGUUCCCUCACAACGUGGCAACGCAGGUUCUGCUAGAAGAGAUCCGUAGGUAUGAACAGAACCGAGUGAGCAGAACCCCCUUCUUUGUCCGCAUUGUCGUCCAUCCCAAUGACAGAGAUUCUACCAAGCUUUUCAAACUACCCAGAAUGCUUUGCAUCUCAGAGGGUUCAAUUUGGGCACUCGACCAGAGCAAGACAUCAGGAUUGUGCUGCUUGGUAUAACCGGAGGAGGUAAAACAGUGCUGGAAACACCAUCUUCGGACAAGAUGAUGUGUUCCUCUCAGACAGUUCCUCCACCUCCUCAACACAGAAAUGUAAAGCUCAUACCAAGAACAUCAAAGGCAGAAACAUCACCCUGAUUGACACACCUGGAUUCUUUAAAACUGACAUCCCUGAAGAGGAGCUGAAACCUAAAAUAGUCAAAUGUAUAACAGAAUGUGUUCCAGGACCGCAUGCCUUUCUCAUUGUACUGAAAGUGGAACGGUAUACAAUCUAUUCAAGACUGUAGCGAAAAUCUAGACAUAUUUUUCACCAGAGGCAUUUAAAUAUGCCACAGUCCUCUUCACUCAUGGUGACCAACAGAAUGAUGAACUGAACAUGCUUGUGGAGAAAUGUGGAGGCUGAUAUCACGUGAUCGACAACAAAUACUGGAACACCAAUCAGCAGGGUCGGUACAGGAACAAUCAGUACCAAGUAGCAGAGUUACUCAACACCAUAGAGAAGAUGGUGAGAGAUAACGGAGGAGGGUUCUACACCAACGAGUUGCUCCAAGAGGCAGAGAGAUUAAUACAAGCAGAGAUGGAGAGUCUUAGGAAGGAGUCAACUGGCCAGAUGUCAGAGAAAGAGAUGGGAAAACAGGCUAAAGAAAUAGUGAGGAAUAAACUCCUGAUCAAACUCUCAGGGACACUAACAGGUGUUGGUAGGCAUAGCUGCAGGAGUUGUCUUUGGGACGUCCACAACAACAGGAGCAGUCAGAGGAGGGUCCGUAGGAGUUACUGCAGCAGAGGAGGCAGAGACAGUACCGGAGGCUUUAAACUAAGGUUCUGAAUGUGCCAGAAGAAAACCUUUUGAAAGGUUAUAGUAACAGAUAAACCUGGAAUCAUUGGAUCAAAAAUGGUGGAAAAGUAUGAUUCAACAUCUGACUAACUAUGUAGACACCAGUCAGUUAAAUUCAACUGUGCAAUAGCUUUUUGUCCCAUUUAUUUUUCUUUCUGAUUUGUUAAAAGCAGGCGACAGGGUUAUGGUUAAACUGAAUGAAUAUUAAAUUGUUCAAUUUGAGGUUAAUAUUUUUUCAUGUUUAAUGUACAAAUUGACUAAUUGAAUGAAUCAUUUGAACCUGUGUUUAAUGAUUUGAAACGGUAUUGAAUAAAUAUGUCAUUCAGUUUAAAAUGUAAAUUAAUUGAACAUUCAAGUUCAAUGUUUAUAUUUUCAGUUUCAAUCGGGUAAUUAUUGCAUUCAUUGUCUGUGUAUCAAGUUUAUAAACCAUCAUUUCAAGUUAAUCAAAGUUCAAUAUAUUAAACUUCACAGAUGCAUUUAGA